GACAGCUGAUCUCUAAAUGAAAAUAUGGGUUCAUAAGUGUUUUAAAUUAUUUAGAAUCUAUUUACAAAUAACAUUAACAAUUUAAUUGUUUUUACAGAUUGUAUUAAAAGACUCUCGUCCUGUAACACUGUCACAGAGUAGUUGUUCUUGUGUUGCUGGGACAGCAAUGUGCAACCACAUUGUUGCACUACUCUACCAAACAGCCCACUACUCACAGCUUGGCAUCAGUGCAGUUCCUCCAGUUCACAGCUGUACUGAAACGGAGCAGAGCUGGCAUAAACCUAGAACAAUGGGAGUCAAGCCAGGUCCUGUCAAUAAAAUGGUGGUUUUGUCUGCAAGACCCAAAGAGAGGAAGCUUGCUGAGGGUUUAAGGAGUACCCUUUACAAGGGUGUCACCAGUGAGCUGCCUGACCUCUCAGUCCUCCAAGUAGCAGAGGCAUAUAAGGACUACGCCAGUGCUGUAGCUCCUCCAGUCACCACUAUCAGGAUGUCACAUGAGGAUUCUUUGGUGGAUUCUGCCUUUGGUAAAGUUCAGUAUGGAAGUGUGCUGUCAUACCAGCAGCCAGCUGCAACAACAUGCAACAUUACUCACCAUCAAGAUGCCCCACCACCGCCACCUCUGCCACUAGUUGGUUACAGCCUUGACACAUCUGUUUGCUUGUUUGUCCAUAGCAAACAUGGACAACCACACAUGACGUCACUGGCAGUAACCUUAGAUAUGGCUCACAAAAUAGAGCAUGCCACCAAAGAACAGAGUGCAUCACAUGCUUGGCACUCGGUCCGAAAACCCCGGGUAACAGCGUCACGUUUUAGGGAGGUUUGUCAUGUGCGUGGACAGAGCUCGGCUGAACAUCUGGCUGAAAGAAUCUACAAAGGAACUCGCCAGACAGCAGAUAUGAAGAGAGGGCUUGAAAUGGAAUCUGCUGCAAUUGAGGAAUACUGCCUGCUGCGAGAGGUGAACUACCACACUUGUGGGUUCUUAAUUCACCCCGAUGCACCUUGGCUGGGGGCCUCUCCUGAUGGGAUUAUUUUUGACCUAAAGAGCACCAUGUUUUGGACUUUUGGAGAUAAAAUGUCCCAAUGUCAAAAGUUACGUGGACUGUCCUUACCUUAA